AAGCUAGAGAGAUAAAGAGGCGAAACUCGCGAAGCUGAAAGCGAAAACAUUAAAAUCCAAAACCAACCGGAAUUUUCAUGUCCAUCUUGCCCUCUCUGAAUCACGGUUCAACGUCGUCAUCGUCUUCCUCAACAUCUAAAUCUUCUUCUUCCAAUCAUGGAUUCAUUAAUCGCCAACAAAACCUCCAAUUUUCUGCUUCUCCUCCGCCGCCCUCCCAUCUCUCAGGAGGACAAAUUUCUCCAUCUGCACGCAAUCGAAGUGGAUCUACUGAAGAGGUGAAGGUCAGGGAGAGAGUCGAGAGACAGAACCAUGGAAAAAGUCCAGUUCAGCAACAUGAUUGCACAAACUCACCUCCAAAGGAUGCUGCUUAUUUGCAGGUUGGAUCCUCUGAACGGCCAAGCAAACCAUCUGGAACUGUUGUUUCAUCAAGUGUCAAUCAGAUUGCUGCAUCUUCGACUUCACAGAUGAGCUCUGGGCAUUCAACUGGAAAAAAAGCUCAGGCAGUUAACUACAAUCACUUGUUAAAUUUCCAUUAUGAUCCUAUUACUGUUUCUCGUCCGCAGUACAGGGCACCUCCGCCACGAAGACAAUCAAGGAGAAAACCUUACAACAAGGACUUAUUUUUUCAAGCAAACUACAAGUUUGUUGUGCUAGAUACUGGGAACUAUGCAGCUGAGUCUAUUGACCCGGACAAGAUGUUAUGUUGGGAGGAUAUCAUUUGCUUGAAAUACUCUACUCCUUUUCCUGCCCAGUGUCCAAUAUGCUUGGAUGAUCCCUUAUGUCCACAAAUAACUUCUUGUGGUCAUAUCUAUUGCUUCCCGUGCAUUUUGCAAUACUUCUCCAUGGGCGAAGAUGAUCCUAAAGUAGAAUGCUGGAGGAAGUGCCCAUUGUGCUUCACAAUGAUUUCAACAAAAGAAUUGUAUACCAUCCGCAUCGAGAAUGUUAAGCAGUACCGAGAAGGUGAUGAAAUAGACUUUGUGCUAUUAACCCGUAAAAAAGACUCAUUCAGUUCGUCAGUUAAAGAUAAUGAGAACAUCAAUAUUGAAGAUGAGAUUGUGGAUUCUUUCUCAAAGUUCACAUUGACUUCUGAUGUGGCACUGUCUGUAAGAGAAGCAAUGUCUGACCUGGAUAGUUGGAUAGCUAAAGCUGACUCAGGCCUAGUUGAUGACAUUGAGAAACUUCCAUAUGUUUGUGCUGCAAUGGAACAGUUGAAGCGAAGAAAGAAAUAUUGGAAUGAGCAUUGCACUUCUAACUUUGACAGGGCAAAGUAUGGAUCUCCUCCUACUGCAGAUGCCCAUGCCAAUAAUGGUGCUUCUGGAUUUGCCACUCGUGUAAUAUCUCCAACUAAGAAUGAUAAGUCGGACCGUUUUGGUAAAUUAUCUCCAAGUAAGGUGCUCGAUGAAUUCCAUGCACCGGAAGUUACAGAUAUCAAUGAAUCUGUUGGAGAUAAGGACAUAGCUUUAUCUUCUUCUUUCGAUGAAAAUAAGAUGUAUCCACAGGCACCUUCUAAUGGCACAAAGAAAAGCACAGAGGGAGAUUCAUACAAUUUCUACCAGGCUAUUGAUGGUCAGCAUCUUAUACUUCAUCCAUUUAGCAUGAAGUGUCUUCUACACCAUUAUGGUAGCUAUGAGAAUCUUCCUACCAGAAUCUCUGGGAAGAUCUUACAGCUGGAGACAGUGACACAAUCAGAGGCUAUGAGGCGACGCUAUCGCUUCUUAAGUCAUUUCUCCUUGACAACAACAUUUCAGCUUUGUGAAAUUGAUGUGGGUAAUCUAUUGCCUUCCGAGUCCCUUUCUCCUUUUAUGGAUGAAAUAAAGAAUAGGGAAAAUCAAAGAAAGCGACUUGCGAGGAAGGAGUUGAAGGACAAAAUCAAAGCUGAAGCUGCAAGCAGUCAGUUUGCACCUGUGUCUUAUUAUUCGCAUGAUGCUGCCCCUAGCUUCUCCACAGAUGAUUUUGAAGCUUUGGGAAGUCCUCCCAUGAUAUCAUCAUCUGGCCCUUCGACUGCUGGGGAAAGGCUAACGUUUUCGAGUGUGGCAAGGCUUGGUUUUGCUGCUGCACAUGAUUCUCCUGUUCAAAUUACCCCAAAAUUUGAUCCCCCUCAUGACUCCGCUGCAAUUGGGUGGAAAAAUAGUGGCGCCUCAUUUGCCAAUGUAACGUCUAGAGCAAAACAAGACGAAGCCUCGCGUAUGGCUAAUGCGAAUGCAAAUGAAGUUGGGAAGAAAGGAAAAAAGGCUAGCAGAGUAUUAUUGUCCACAUCGGGUGGACGCCGCUAUUGAUGAUGAUGAUGUCCUUGUAUAAAUCUUUAUGCUUCUUUGACAUGGGAAAAAACCGCAUUUUUUUAAACAUGUUUGUUGUACUAGGAUUCUCUCUUUCAGCGAUUGUUACCUGACAUGGUUAGAAUUAUCUGUGUCGAAUGAUAUUGUGCUUAUGCCUGAGAUUAUUUCUAUAUGCUAUACAGCAAUUUGGUAUUCUGAAAAA